GUUUCCUUAUCGGUCAUCUUCCCUCGUUUCCCCCCAAAGGCACCCAUAUAUCUUCAUUUCUGUUUCGGUUCUACUAGACAUCGUAUCCAGUCACCAUGGGUGCCAGUUAUUCCAAGCCAGAGCCCAUUAGCCAUAGCGAGGAAAAGCGCUCGCACCGCGAGUGGGUUGAAGAUGCCGAUACUUGCUCUCUGCCACUCUACACAAAGGAGUCAACCCAGCCUCCACCACCAUACCAUGUGCGCGAACGCACUUUCACUCUCUCCCUCCAGCACGUCCAAGACUGGAACGAGACCUUACUGGGCAAUGCCAAGAACCGUCUUGCCAUAUCUAGUCUCGCCAGCCAACCCUACACAGAAGUGCUAGCCAACCGCCCCGCUCUCCAAUCUGACCUCCACAUCUUCAACAUCAAAGUUCCCAUCGAAGGCUCCCCGAUCACGAACCAGCGAUCCUCCGGCCGAUGCUGGCUCUUCGCAUCGACUAACGUAUACCGAGUGCCGUUGAUGAAGGUGUAUAACCUGAAGGACUUUGAGCUGAGCCAAGCAUACCUGUUUUACUGGGACAAGCUGGAGAAGGCGAACUGGUUCUUUGAGCAGAUUAUUACCACUGCUGACGAGGACCUUUCUGGUCGUCUGGUCCAGAAACUCCUCGAAGACCCCGUCAGUGAUGGCGGCCAGUGGGACAUGGUCGUCAACUUGAUUGAGAAGUAUGGUCUCGUCCCGCAUGAUCUGUAUCCGGAUGCAUACCAUGCGCAGAAUAGCUCCAAGAUGAAUUGGUUGGUCACGGCUAAGUUGCGUGAGCAGGCGCUUGUGUUGAGACGCCUGGUGCGUAGUGGUGAUGCUGCCGGCUUGGCGGAUGCUAAGGAGCGGUUCUUGAAGGAGAUCCACUCGAUGGUUACUCUUCUGCUGGGACCCCCUCCUAGUCCUGAUGAGACGUUUGUGUGGCAGUAUUAUGAUGCUGAGGGGAAGUCUAAAGAAAUUAGACUCACCCCACGGGAGUUUGCUCGUCAGGCCACGAGCCUGGGAGCUGUGAGGAAGGGCAGCGUCGCUCCUGCGCGCCUGUUCAGCUUGGUCAAUGAUCCGCGCAAUGAGUAUAACAGACUGUUGACAGUGGAGAGGCUAGGAAAUGUGCUGGAAGGACGACCACUCACGUAUGCCAAUGUGGAGAUGAAGAUCCUCAAGAAAGCGGUCAUCUCAAUGCUCAAAGCCGGUCAUCCGGUGUUCUUCGGUUGUGACGUAGGUAAAUUCAGCAAUAGUACGCUGGGAAUCAUGGAUCUUGACAUCAUGGACCUCACCCUGGGAUUCAAUAUCUCCUUGGGAAUGAGCAAAGCCCAGAGGCUGGUGAGCGGAGAAUCAGCAAUGACCCAUGCCAUGGUCAUCACAGGUGUGCAUAUCGAAGAUGGAAAGCCGGUGCGCUGGCGUGUCGAGAAUUCGUGGGGCGAAGCUGCUGGUGAUAAGGGCUGGUUUGUAAUGACAGAUCGCUGGAUGGAUGAAUAUACACUUCAGGCCGUGGUGGACUCGGACUUUGUUUCGAGUGAAGUGCGCGCAAUUUUAGACCAGAGUCCGAAGGUCUUGCCCAGGUGGGACCCGAUGGGCGUGUUGGCUUGAACUCGCUAUUUCUAGUAUUAAGUCCGGC